AUGGCUAAGAUUGUUUGGGGCACUGAGCCGGACAUACCGAAAGAGCGCAUCGGGUAUCCUAUCCAUGCACACUGCUGGGUGCUUCUUGACCGCGUGAUUGGGCAUGAAAUCGUCCAGGAGCAUCUGCGAGAAUUCGCCCGAGCUGCGGACGCAUAUUGGUGGCGUAAUAUGGGAAGCUGGGGGGCCAGAUUGUGGCAUCAUGAGGACGAAAUGUCCUGCUAUGGGACAAAGUCAGUGGUAGAUUGGCAUAAGCCGGUCAUUUAUCACGUUACGGGAAGCCCGUUGAGAAUUCCGGGGAUACAGAAAUUGAUUGUUCAGGCGACGCGAGAAUGUCCGGGUGUAGAUCUGCGAGGGCAUUCGGCGAUCGUUGACCUGCCGUUGGAUAUUGCGAUUCUCAUCGUCGAUCUCAUUUAUGGGAGUCGCCCGCGUUCUGUGGAAAGACUGAAUGAUACGCGCAAUUUUCUGGAAGUGUUUCAGUGGAAAUUGCCCGAUACAUACUGGAAAACGCGGUGCGACUGUUGGUUGGUGUUUGAGAUGGACGACCUCAUCAGGGAGAAACGUGCUGUCAAUUGGUCGAGGUUUUGUCUUGGACUGGAGGAGCUUCUAUUGGAGAGGGGUUGGUACUGCAACAGUGGCUUGAGAACUCGUCAUCGAGCUUUGACAUCGCUCGCAGGUAUCAAGAAGCACUUUUUGAACAUGAUUGAGUAA